UUCGACUGGGCUUCGCGAGCAACGACGGGUCAACAAGGCCCGACCCGACUCGUGCGAAGACAUCCGCGACAGUCGUUGAACCCUGGAAACCGAAGCUCACAGUUUGAAGUUUGAGCUCGACGAAGCGAAGACGAAGAAGAAGAAGAUGGGGAUGGAAGCGAGCUUGGAGGGGGAGAGGGUGAUACUGGUGCCGUACACGGCGGCCCACGUGCCAAAGUACCACGAGUGGAUGCAGGACCCGGCUCUUCUCGAAGCCACCGGCUCCGAGCCUCUCUCCCUCGAUCAGGAGUUCGAGAUGCAGCGUUCAUGGACUCUCGACCCCCUCAAGCAAACAUUUAUCAUAUUGGACAAGGGAAUGGUGGAUGGGAAACAUGGGCGAGGACAUCCCCAUGUUGAAGCCAUGGUUGGUGAUGUGAACAUAUACAUGAAUGAUUUGGACGAUCCCCAGAUGGCAGAGAUCGAGAUAAUGAUUGCGGAACCCAAGAGCCGUGGCAAGGGACUUGGAAAGGAAUCUGUUCUGAUGAUGAUGGCUUUUGCAAUAAAAAACUUCGGGAUCCACACUUUUCGUGCAAAAAUUGGAGAAUCGAACAGAGCAUCUCUUCAUCUGUUCAAGAAAUUGGGCUUUGUGGAGUCUUCUCACAGCAAAAUCUUCAAGGAGGUGACCUUGGAAUUAGUUGUGACAAAGGCGAAGCUGGAGGAGCUACAGUACCUACUUGGUGAUGUUAGCCACGAAUAAGAGAGGACGAAUGUGGUUGCCCUUCUUAAUUAGCCAUGAGCAGUUAUCUUCAGUUGGGAGAGUGUUGCUAACGUGCACAAUGAUCGGCGCCUUAAAGAGUUGAACGGACAAAGUACAGUUUGUACUACAUCGCAUUUUCUCCCACUUUGUCUACAUAGCAAUAACAAUUGGCACGCCCCGAAGAUUUCUGUUUAUCUCUUCAUUGAUUAGUUUAGAGGCAAAAUAGCAAAGCAUGGCAAUAUCUUUUCAGCUACA